CUUUCGGUCUCAAUACCCGCUGUCGCUGAGGCGGACGCGAGGCGUAAAACCUUGCAGUUAGCUCCGCACUUGAAUCCCAGUUUCGGCGGCGGCGGCGGCCGGCCGGUGGACUGCUGGAAUUUCUCUCUCUCUUUAAUCUUUCUGCUGCAAAUUCCCCCUAAACAGAUGAGCUUUCUGGAUAAGAUAGUGAUGAAGAAGAAGAAGAAAGAGACAGAAGAGGAACCAGUGGCGGCUCAAAGAGGACCCCCUCCAACAACAGUGUUCUGGAUCGAGACCUCCAACUCCGUCUCUCGCCGUUAUCAAUUCGAACCCCAUUCCCACGGUCAACUCUCUGUGACGGUGGUUGAUGAUACAAGACCAGUAUUCCAUAGGAUGGUUGAAUCCUUUCUGAAUACUUUUUUCCCUUCAGGUUAUCCAUAUAGUGUGAAUGAGGGGUACCUUAGGUACACACAAUUCCGUGCACUGCAACACUUCUCCAGUGCAGCAUUAUCUGUUCUAUCAACUCAGUCACUGCUAUUUGCUGCAGGCUUAAGGCCUACACCCGCACAGGCAACUGUAGUAAGUUGGAUUUUAAAGGAUGGUAUGCAGCAUGUAGGAAAGCUAAUAUGCAGCAACUUGGGUGCAAGGAUGGAUUCAGAGCCCAAGCGUUGGAGAAUUCUGGCUGAUGUGCUUUAUGACUUGGGCACCGGCUUGGAAGUUCUUUCCCCAUUAUGUCCACAACUAUUUCUUGAAGUUGCAGGCCUUGGGAAUUUUGCAAAGGGAAUGGCGGUUGUUGCAGCAAGAGCAACGAGAUUGCCAAUAUAUUCUUCCUUUGCCAAAGAAGGCAAUUUGAGUGAUCUAUUUGCUAAAGGGGAGGCCAUCUCAACCCUUUUUAAUGUUGUUGGAAUGGGAGCAGGGAUUCAUUUAGCUUCUACAAUUUGUUCAUCUAUGGAAGGAAAGUUGGUUGUUGGACCUCUUCUGUCUGCCAUACACGUUUAUUGUGUGUUUGAAGAAAUGCGAGCUACCCCUGUUAACACAUUGAAUCCGCAAAGAACUGCAAUGAUUGUGGCUGAUUUUAUCAAGACAGGAAAAAUAUCAAGCCCUGCUGAUCUGAGAUAUCGAGAAGAUCUCCUAUUUCCUGGUCGACUCAUAGAGGACGCUGGGAAUGUUAAAGUGGGAAGACCCCUGCAUAGGGCCAUUAAGCCUUCAAAACUUCACGAACUCAAGCAUUUAUUCCAAGGAGAAAAAUUUAUCUUAAAUCUUGGAACUACAUGGACUGAUCUGGUUCUGGAGCACAAUGCCACAGGUGAAGAUGCAUUGAGGGGAUGGCUUGUUGCUGGAUAUGCUGCAAACAUGGACAAAUCAGUUCACGAAUCAAACACUAUUGUCUUGGAGCAGGCCUAUGAGAAGAUGAAUGCCGUGUUGUCUCCAUUCCUGACUGAACUGCAGUCGAAAGGGUGGCAUACAGAUCGUUUUCUAGAUGGAACCGGAAGCCGUUUUGCGUGCUAGCAUCCAUCUAUUGUUUCAGGUUAUCCUUACUUUUCUGCUUUUUGAAGUAAGUGUGGUUCAAGACCACUCGAUUAUUAAAUGUUUAGAUUACAUUUUUCCAAUGCAAUAUAUAUAUUUGUACUUUUGUAA